AUGCCACAGCUGACAGAUCGUAAAGAGUUUAAUGAGUCCAAGCCGCUGCCAGUGGCAGAGUCCAGCGUUAAGCAAGAGCAACAAUCAGAGUCCGACUUGCCUGGCAGCGCUCCCAUCUACAUCACCAUACCCAUCUAUAUCAACACCUCCAAGCUAACGCCCAUUAGACUCACCAUUGGCGAUCAGAAGUUUCGCUCGGCUGCAAUGCGAAGAAAGCAAUCGACCAAGUCACCCAACUCGCAUUUCAAUCGCCUGCUGGAGCCUGCAAAGCGACGCAGCAGCAAUCGCCAUCGCAGUCCCAUUGCAUCACAGAUCGAGGCGAUUGAGGAGCCAAUGGCCAGCAGCACGUUGAAGACAAAUGCAACAGCAGCAAGCAAUUGA